UGAACCACUGACUCAUUUUUUCAGUUUAAUAAGAAGUCUGUUCACCAACAGAAGGAAAUCCCGUCCUUCCAUUGAAGAUCCAACAAUCAGAAAACCCGACAGAUUCAUCUUUGCAAUCAAAUGUUAAAUCCAGUGUUUUGGACCAUGGGUGGUAAUUAUGGGCUAGCGGUCUUGGUGGGCGUGGCCAUACUUCUGGAGGCUGUCCAAUGUCAAGUGAGCUGCAAAGGAGCUGAUGGUGAGCGAGGAGUGAACGGCGCUCCGGGCAGAAAUGGGUUGCUUGGAAUGAAGGGAGAGAAAGGAGAGCCAGCUGUGAUGAUUCAAGGUCCAGUGGAUACAGCCAGCCUACUGAGGCAGAAAGGAGAGUCGGGAAAUCGGGGCACGCAAGGACCCCAGGGCCCAAAAGGUUUCCGCGGAGAUUUGGGGAAAGAGGGUGAGGAUGGCCCCCCAGGUCCUCCUGGCCCAGACGGCAGGUUGUCCCAAGCAAGACACACCUCUCAGCAGGAGUCCCGUUCGGCCUUCUCAGUGAUCAGAACCGACAGAAAUUAUCCUGCCUUCAACCAGAAAAUAACCUACCAAAAAGUUGUGGUCAACACAAAUGGUGAUCUUGACACACGCACAGGUGUCUUCACCUGCAGAGUACAGGGUACCUAUUACUUCAACUUCCACUCUGUGGCCAAGGUCAGCAUGUGCCUGCAAAUAGUCUAUGAUGGACCAAGAAGAACCCUGGGAUUCUGUGAUAAUAACAGGUCAAACAGGCAAUCUGAGCAGGUGCUGUCAGGUGGUGUGGUUUUACAGCUCACAGUUGGACAGAAGGUCUGGCUUGAGUCCUUUAGGGAAAACCAGGGACCUACUGAUACCAGGGAGAACCAGGAAAAAAAGAUCAUCUUCAACGGCUUCCUGCUCUUCCCAAUUCAGACAUUACUAAUAAAAAAAACAUCAUUUUUCUCUUCUUUUGCUCCAUUAUUUGUUUGCUUCUCAUCUUUUUCCAUCACUUCUCCUCCCUCUCAGGAUUUAUCCAUCAUGCUCCACCAUUGUUUCCUCACUGUUGGAGCCCUGCUCUCAUUGGCAAUAUCCGGGCUAAUCGCUAUGGAGACCUGUCCAGCUACAGGGAUGCCCGGAAUGCCAGGUAUUCCUGGGCUUCCUGGAAGAGAUGGUCGUGAUGGACAAAAAGGAGAGAAAGGAGAUCCAGGAACAAAGUUGCAAGGUGGUCUUGGGCCUCAGAAAGGAGAGAAAGGGGAGCUCGGGCCAGAGGGGCCCCCUGGUAAAAGAGGUCAGAUUGGGGAGUCUGGGAAGCCAGGUACCCCAGGAACUGCCGGACCUCCGGGAGAACCAGGAGAACAAGGGGCUGUUGUAGUCCAGCAGCAGGCGGCCUUCAGUGUGGCCAGAGCGACAAACCAAUACCCAGAUAAAGCCAGCGUCAUUAAGUUCACAGAUGCAAUCACCAACAUCAACGAUGACUACAACAUAAACACAGGACGCUUCAGGUGUCGGGUCCCAGGAACGUACUACUUUGUGUACCAUGCCUCGUUAGAUGAAAAACUGUGUGUGUUGCUGAAGCGUGACAACAUGCUGCUGGCAUCGUUCUGCGAUCAUCGGCAGGGAGGGAGACAGGUGACUUCUGGUGGCCUGGCAGUGUACGUGUCAAAAGAUCAAGAGGUUUGGUUGGAGACUAAAGACUACAGAGCGAUGAGAGGGACACGAAACGGAUACAGCAUCUUCUCUGGCUUCUUGCUUCACUCUCACUGAUCACCCCCAGGACAGGAAACAGAAAACAGUUUGACAGCUGAACGACUGAAACAACAUGAAAACAUUUUCUUACUGUUUCUUCACAAUGAUCAUUUACCUUUGUAAAAGGCACAGAAUGUUUAUUUUUCAUUUUCAUUUUUAUUCAGCGGCCAACAUGCACCAUUUUAUUCUCUUUCUGCUGAAUCAGCUCUGAGUUCCUAUCAGUUGAAAAGCUGACACUUCAAAUGGAGAAGAUCUUUGUGUCUGUAACUGACUGUCGAUGGUUCUGUCUAAAAUUUGAAGUUUCUCUUGUUCAGUUUGAUAAAGUUGGUUUCAUACUCAGACUUUCUGCAGACUCAGUUGAUAUUAAUGGGUGUGAUUUUUAAAUGCAUUUCCAAACACAGUUUGAUUUUUCUAAUUUCCAUCAUUAUCUCGAGUUCACAUUUAAGCACAGAAUGUCCCAUCAGCUCCGUGCCUCGCUGUCACAUAGUUUAAACAAACAAGCUAAGUAAAGAGCUGAGCAUCAA